AUGUCCCCUGGAGCUUCUUCUUAUUCAUCAGGAGCCAGUAGAAUUGGGGCAUCUGCCAUAUUCCCACUAUAUGGCAAUGUUUAUCCCAAUGGGUUUUAUUUUGUCCAAGUUUUCGUAGGAUUUCCUCCGAGGCCCUACUUUCUUGAUCCCGAUACGGGCAGCGAUCUAACCUGGCUUCAAUGUGAUGCCCCUUGUGUCCGUUGCACACAAGGGUUUCACCCACUUUAUCGGCCCACCAAUGACCUUGUGGUCUGUAGAGAUCCCCUUUGUGCAUCGUUGCACUCGAGUGAUUAUAGAUGUGACAACCCAAAACAAUGUGAUUACGAGGUCGAGUAUGCAGAUGGAGGUUCCUCCCUUGGUGUACUCGUCAAUGAUUUGUUUACAGUCAAUCUUACCAGUGGAGUUCGAAUUAGUCAUCGUCUUACUCUCGGUUGUGGAUAUGAUCAACUACCUGGUAUAUCUGAUCAUCCCUUAGAUGGAGUACUUGGUCUAGGGAAAGGAAAAUCGAGCAUUGUUUCACAACUUCAUAAUCAGGGAGUUGUCAAAAAUGUUGUCGGGCACUGUUUAAGUGGGCAAGGAGGGUACCUUUUCCUUGGAGAAGAUGUAUAUGAUUCGUUACGCAUAACUUGGACGCCAAUGUCGAGUGAUUAUACCAAGCACUACUCAGCUGGAAAUGCAGAAUUUGUUUUUGGCGGGAAAAGUACUGGGCUUAAGAAUCUUAAUGUGAUCUUCGACAGUGGGAGCUCUUACACAUACUUUAAUUCUCAGGUUUACCAUGCUCUGAUUUCUAUGAUAAAGAAAGGAUUGAGUUGGAAGCUGAGAGAAGCAACUGAUGACCGCACUCUUCCGUUCUGCUGGAAAGGCAAGAAACCUUUCAAAAGUACACGCGACGUAAAUAAAUACUUCAAGUCUCUAGCAUUGACAUUUCCCAGUGAUUGGAAAAGUAAACCUCAGUUUGAAAUUUCCCCUGAAGCAUAUCUCAUAAUAUCAUCAAAAGGCAAUGCUUGUUUGGGAAUCUUGAAUGGCACUGACAUAGGACUGAAUGAUUACAACUUGAUCGGAGAUAUUUCAAUGCAAGAUAAAAUGUUGAUUUAUGACAAUGAGAAGCAAGCAAUAGGUUGGACUGCUGCAAAUUGUGAUCAGCCCCCGAGAUCGAAUCGUGCAAUCUUGUAA